CUUUAAGUGAGUGACCACAUCAGAAAUGUAUUGAAAUGCAGCAGCCAGCAUGCUCUCUCGCACUGAACCCACCAAAUGGCGAUGCUCGCGCUGCACGUGAUCGGCUUCGGCCUUUCGGCGCUCAUCGGCGGACGCGCUGCCGUCUCUCUCGCUCUCCGACACCGACAACAUCCCGCCGAAGACCAGACGCAGACGCAAAGCAGCUAUCAAGAUCAAGAUGGCAUCGCUACUCCGGAGUCCAUACGGCGCUUCUCUGACAAGAUCCCCUGUGCGCUUCUCUUCAUUGGCACGAGCACCGGGGUCUGUUUGUCGGUGGCCGAGCUCGUUGUCCGCGCUGUGACGGCCGACUCAACAUUCAUCUGGACACAAUGGCUGCGAGUGGCGGCAUGGGCAAUCUUGGUAGUCACCACCUCAAUCCUGACAGUGGACAAGGAAUGCAUCGCUCGGUUUACGCACGGCUGCUGGGCUGGUGUGAGUUGUCUUGCCAUGCUGCUGAUGCUCGUGAGUGAGGGAUACCGCUAUCACGACACGCUUGCCACCUCUGCUGGACAAUGGUUCUUCUUGCUGGCGCAAGGAUGCGCUGCAUUUCUGGCUGGCAUCGCCGCCAUCUCCAUCCCGCGUCGUCCCGAUGUCUACCACAACGAGACCCUGGUGGAUCGCAAGUCAUCGACAUCCUUCCUCCGUAGACUAUCAUUCGGCUGGCUCGAUAUUUCACUCCCUGCUGGUCAACAAAACCAUCUGGAGGUCCACCAUGUCGCAGAACUGGAAUAUUCGAACCGAGCCUCCACCCUUUCCGAUCGGAUGCGCGAGGCUUGCGCGAGGUGUCCCUCUGGUACGAGCCUAUGGAAAGUACUCAUUCUCUGUCAUCGAACAGCCUUCCUUUUCCAGCUUUGCCUCACAGUCACGAACGCGGCAGUCGCCUUUGCUCCUCAAUUUGUGAUCCUUGACAUCCUACAGCGACUGGAGAACGACCCAAGCGACGCAUGGUUGUGGUUACCCAUUCUCGGACUCGGAGGCUCACUCAUUCUAUCCGCUCUGCUUGAGAACUGGAAUUAUUACCACUCCUCCAACCGGGUCGCGGUGCGGCUCCAGGAACAACUAUCAGCAGCGAUAUACGACAAGACGCUGACCGGAAAGCCUGCUGGGAACGCACCGGGCGACAUGACUAAUGACCACAUCGAGCAAAGCACGACCAAUCUCGUCGCUGUGGAUGCGAAAAGAGUAGCCGACUUUUCUGCCCUCAGCUUCAUGCUCGUCGAAGCGCCGCUUAAAAUAUCAAUUGCAGCUAUCGCAAUUGGUCGGCUACUGGGGCUGCGAAGUCUGGCCGCAGGUGCCGUGGUUUUUCUCCUUGUCACCACGGGAAAUAUUUACGCCGUACGCAGGUAUGCGGACACACAGAAAGAUCUACUCAGGGCACGCGAUAAAAAAAUGGCAGCAAUACUUGAGGUUCUGCAAGGCAUUCUGCAGGUCAAAAUGUCUGCAUUGGAAGAUCUGUGGCAGGGGAGCAUCAACAGCUUGCGCAACAAGGAACUCGAAAGCCAAUGGCAGGUCUUCAUCUGGGAGCUCCUGAUGUUUGUCACUUACAAUAUCGCUCCUGUUCUCGUGUCUGCCGCGUGUUUGGGCACAUACGCAAUCACUCAUGAAGGAAUGCCAGCUUCCAUUGCUUUCACAUCAAUCUCUCUUCUAAGUGCAUUAACUACCCCUCUUGCUAUUCUUCCGCAGAUCCUGCUGAACGCAACCAGCGCGCAAGUAAGCCUUCGGCGGAUCGAACGAUUUUUACGGUCUCCUGACCAGUCGUCUCAGUUUGAGCCUGCAGAAGACGUGGUUUUUGACCAGGCCACGCUCUCCUGGACCAACUGGCACCGUCACGGAGACUUUCAGCUGCCGGACCUCACGCUUCUCUUCCCGUCGGGCGCAUUGAGCGUGGUGACUGGUCCGUCAGGCUCUGGUAAGAGUCUCAUCCUUGCUGCCGUGUUGGGCGAAUGUGAGUUCCUUUCUGGCGAGCUGCGAAGGCCCCUGUCAUCGACUGUAGCCUACGUCGCUCAGCAGCCGUGCAUCCGCAAUGGUACUGUUCGAGACAACAUCCUCUUCGGCAGCCCCUUCAACCAGGAUCGGUAUCAGCGUGUGAUUUCAGCGUGCGCUUUAGAUCGCGACUUGGAGCUGCUGGAAAUGAAGGACAAGACUGAGAUGGGCCCGCAAGGAAGUCAUCUGAGUGGGGGACAGUUGUGGCGAAUCUCCCUCGCCCGCGCGCUCUAUUCGACCGCCGAGAUUCUGGUCCUUGAUGACAUUUUUAGCUCGAUUGACUCCCAUACCGCGCAGCAUGUGUACGAAAACGCGCUCACGGGAAGCCUUGCUACUGGGCGCACACGGAUACUCGCGACAUACCAUCUGGAGCUAUGUCUUCCAGGUGCAGAGUAUGUUGUCGCUCUAGAUGGAACGGGGCUACGGUAUGCUGGGCCUCGGAAGAACCUGAAAGAGAUGGGUAUAUUCAACGAUAUGCCUCGGAGGGCAAUUCAGGCACUCACAAAUCAAGAUCACAAGCAAGAUAUCCAAGAUCUCGAGGGCUUUCAUGGAGACCAAGCGUUGUGGGGAGGUAGUGUUCUGGACCCAGCGCUAGAGCCAGACCAGCGGGUGCCGGAAUCCGCGAGCCAUAGUGAACUCGCGCAAACCAGCAAAUGGCGCAUUCGCCAGAGGAUACUUGAGCUAUCCGGGGCUCGGUAUCCCUGCAUGAUUCUCCUGGGACUGUAUCUGACUUAUAGCGGGCUCAGCGUUGGACGAGGCCUCUGGAUGAUGGUCUGGAGUAACCAUAGCAGUCCAGAUUCGGAGAAGACCGAGACUUCCUUGCCGAGCGAUUCAACACCAGUGACGAGUGAUGUGAAGUGGUUUCUCUCGAUCUACUUGGCUCUCGCGAUUAUCUCGUCUGUGGUCACAGUGGCUCGGAGCUUCUUAGCGAUCCGCAUCACGCUUCAGAUGUCUCGACGACUCUUCCAACAGUUCCUCGAUUCAAUUCUUCGAGCACCUCUUCAAUGGCUCGAGAGGAUUCCUGCUGGGAAUGUUCUCAACAACUUCUCCACCGAUUUUAGCCUCAUCGACUCACGACUGGGCUAUGAUCUCAAUUAUGCACUCGGGCUUGUUGUCGAUCUUCUUGUUAUUGUCUUGGCCGCGUCGAUUGUUACUUUCCGGCUCAAUAUCCUCGCACUUUGCUCACUUGCUCUGGCUGUUUACUAUGGGCGGCAAUUUAUUAGGAAGAUCCGCGCUGUCAAAGAGCUGGAAAGCCGCAUGCGGAGCCCAAUCCUCAACCAUUUGUGCGCAACAGUAGAUGGUAUCAGGACCAUCCGCGCCUACCGCCAGCAAGCUGCCUACCGCGAAGAGAUGCAGACGUAUAUUGAUCGACACUGCCGCGCGUCUUGGAACCUGUGGUUGCUCACCCGUUGGAUAUCUAUGCGAGCCAGUACAAUUGGAGCCAUCUUCACCACCGUUGGCGCAGCCCUAGUUCUCCGCACCAACGGGGUCACCGCGUCGACGGCGGGAUUUGCGAUGACCUUUAUCAUGAGAUACAGCACAAUCAUGUCGCAAGCCAUCCGGCAGUAUGCCAACCUCGAAAUCUCCCUGAAUAGUGUUGAACGAGUCGCGACGUUGCUGAACACUCCGAAGGAGGAAUACAAUAGCCCACCUCCAGCGGCAGCGUCCUGGCCCACAGAGGGUCGAUUGGACGUGUCCAAUCUGACGGUCUGCUACUCAUUAGAACUACCACCCGUCCUCUCAAACCUCACCUUCUCCAUCCCUGCCAAUACCCGCGUAGGAAUUGUCGGCCGAACAGGAGCCGGCAAGUCCUCACUGGCGAUGGCCUUGUUCCGGUUUCUCGAAGCCCAAGAGGGCAGCAUCCGCAUCGACGGCGUCGAUAUCGGGACGGUCCCCUUGCACGACCUCCGCUCGCGUCUAGCGAUAGUCGCCCAAGAUCCAAUCCUCUUCUCCGGAACCAUCCGAACGAACCUUGAUCCGUUCAACGAAUACUCCAACCGUGAAAUAGUCACCGCCCUACAGCGUGUGCACUGGACAGUUCCGGAUACGAUGAUCCCCACAACUGCCUCCACAGCCGAGGCCGAUUCCAGCUUCAUCGACAGCGAGAGCGAUAUUCUUCUAGGAUCCCUCGAACCGCAGUCUCAUCUCUCCCGGAACGUGCUCAACACCAAGGUGUCUGAACGUGGUAGCAACUUCUCACAGGGUCAACGACAAUGCCUCUGCCUAGCGCGGGCGAUCUUGCGGCGCCCGAAGAUCCUAGUGCUCGAUGAGGCGACCUCGGCAAUUGACAAGACCACCGACGCGGUGAUACAGGCCUCCAUCCGAGCCGAGUUUGGGCGGAAUUAUUCCUCGUUGCUGGUCAUUGCCCAUCGUUUACGCACGAUCGUCGACUUUGAUCGAGUCUUGGUACUGGACGCCGGCCGGGUUGUUGAGUAUGGGCCGCCGCGGGAGUUGAUAGCUAAUGCAGAGGGGGUGUUUCGGGGAUUGGUGGAGAGUAGUAUCGACAGGGAGGAGUUGAUGAGGAUGAUCGCUCAGGGUGAUUGACGGGUGAAUGCUGUUCAGGGCAUCAGCGCUCAAUCAGGUCAGAGACUGAGCGGAGUCUAGAACAUUCUCGUCCAGUCGAGGAGUAUUCAUGCACGGUGCCAGCGACACGAUGUCAUAAACCACAUACAUCGACAGUUACAAAUCAAUGAGCGAACCGAGCCAGCACCGGAUCUCAGACAUUUCCCGACUGGGUUUAGUCUCCGCGCGGAUGUCUUGGCUGGGGG